CAACACCAUACACCAUACAACCUAGCAAGAACAGAGGAGCAAAAUGCUCUCCCUUCUCUCUACCUCUCUCUCUCUACCACCUUCAUUUUUUCCGACCACCUUCUUCCUGUAGUUAUGUUGCCGCAUAUCUCUCCGGCGUCGACCCACUCGGCGCCGGCUUGCCCGCCUGUAACCUCACAGUCCCCAACCAACCUACCUUU